AUGGCUCUUUCCAAUGACCACACCGUCCGCAAACACGCGUAUGAAGCGCUAGAGAGUUCGCAACACAUCAGGCUCAUCAUACUACACCCAGCCUCGUCUGCUGAUGCGCCUUUGAAAGUUACUUCUCAACAAGCUAAACUGUCAGAACUCCAAGGCCGCUACGAAGCCAUAUCAUACACAUGGGGCCAGCCAGACCUGACAUGUCCUCUUCACGUGAGCGAUGGCACACAGGUACUAGUCACGGAGAAUCUUGAUCGGGCAUUGCGGUAUCUGCGUCGCAGUCACAAAGACCGAUUCCUGUGGGCAGACGCUGCAUGUAUCAACCAAGCCGAUGGUGUGGAAAAAAGUGCGCAGAUUCCUCUUAUGGUACAAAUUUUCCAGAACGCCGAGAGAGUCCUGGCCUGGCUCGACCCAGGUUCUGCAGCUAGCCGUCCGCACAAUCUAGAGUUGACGCUGAAAAAGAUGGAAACGCUGUCUAGAAUAAGAAGGCAAGACAUCCUUCCUGGAGGUUCUUGGACGAUCGAGACCGAUGGAAAAGAGUUCGAUGCUCUGUCCUCGGAAGUUUUCUGGGAGGUGUCUGGAUUGCUACAUCUUCCUUGGUUCACUAGGCGUUGGAUCGUACAAGAAGUUGUAUUCAAUCCGGAUGUCCGUCUGAUCUACGGUGAUGUCGAGUUUUCCUGGGCUCGAUUCGUGGCUACCAUUUCAAUCCUGUUAGCCUUGACACGGGCCUUCCCUCAUUCAAGAUUUUGGAACGCUGUCACAAGCAUAACACAACUGUGGAGGUAUUACUCGCUAUUCGAGCAGUCCUCAAACAACGAUAGGGAGUCUCACGAUACUGACAUCGUAAAGUUGCUGGAUGCCUUUGAUCAAAUCGAAUGUACGGAUCCUCGUGAUCGGAUUUUCGCCCUGUACAAUAUGGCAUCCAAUCUGCGACCAUCCACUUUACCUUUACGUUAUCAUGACGACGUUAUCAUGGAUAUCGACUACUCAUUGGAUCUUCGGCAAACAUACGAAGCCUUUGCA